AUGGUCCCAACCAUUAACACAGGCGAUUCCCCUAAGCAGGAGGACACGGGCGCAAGUGCUAACAGUCUUUUAGGGAUUCCUCAAGAUCCUUCCUUGCAGUAUCCUCCAUUGGAUAAUCCCGAAAUUCAAUAUAGGGAAUUCCAUCCGCAACAAAAUUUUAACCACUUCCAAAAUCAAGGGUUUCCCAUUCAAUUCCAACCUAAACAACAACAACAACAACAACAACAACAACAGCAGCAACAGCUACAACAACAGCAGCUGCAACAACAACAACAACAGCUACAACAACAACAACAACAGCUGCAACAACAGUUUCAUUCUCAGUAUCAACCACAACAGACAUUUCAACAGUUGUUUCAGCAAAGUCAGCAGCUGCCUCGUCAACACAAUAGUGAACAACAGCGUCCACACCAACACCACCAACAACAACAGGAACAGCAGCAACGGUUUGCUCAAUUUUCUCAAGCUGGCUUGAUUUCACAAACACAACAACCACAAACACAACAACCACAACCACAACAGCAACAACAGCAACAACAGCAACAACAGCAACAACAACAUCAUCAACAUCAAACACAGCAACAACAGCAGCUAAGUUCACAGGAUUUAGGCUAUAUACAACAAGGUAAUCAAGGACUUCAAGCACUAAACCAACAACAGCUUUCAGAACUGAUGUACAAUUCAUUCCUAUCUCACUUAGCCCAGAAACAAGUUUCUAGCGCAUUGACUAGUGCUUUGGGCAAUGCUUCUCAUAUCAAUCCUGCUACUGCUGCAGCUGCAGCUGCAGGUUCCUCUUUUCUCACCCAACCAGUUCAAAGGUAUUUCCAUAACAAUGUGAGUAAUUCACCUGUAAUGAUGGAAGCUACGCAUCCAUCGUCUAUACAAUCUUCGCCUCAAUUGCACUUACAAAAUACCCAAUCGAUGGCUAAGAAAUUGUCAUCAACUCAAAGUAGGAUUGAAAAACGUAAACAACUCAAAAAACAGGGGCCCAAGAGACCAUCUUCGGCCUACUUUUUGUUCUCUAUGUCAAUAAGAAAUGAGUUGUUACAACAAUAUCCUGAAGCUAAAGUUCCUGAGUUAUCUAAAUUGGCAUCUGCAAGAUGGAAAGAAUUGAAUGAGGAUCAGAAAAAACCAUUUUACGAAGAAUUUAGAACGAACUGGGAUAAAUAUAGAGUGGAAAGAGAUCAAUAUGAAAAAACUUUGCCACCAAAGAGACCUUCAGGUCCAUUUAUUCAAUUCACACAAGAAAUUCGCCCUAUCGUAGUAAAGGAAAAUCCGGAGAAGAAUUUGAUUGAAAUCACUAAAAUAAUUGGUGAGAGAUGGCGUAGUUUGGAUGUGGGCAAGAAGAACGAAUACACCGAAACUUAUAAGAAGAGAUUAAAGGAAUGGGAAAGUUGCUAUCCUGAAGAAGCUGAAGAGGCAAAGAAGAAAUAG